GUACUGCUCCCUAUGCCAUUCACGAGCAUUUCCACUAUUUUAGAGAGAGAAUUUAGAGAGAGAGAGAGAGAGAGAGAGAGAGAGAGAGAGAGAGAGAGAGAGUGAGUGAUCUUCCAUUCACAAAGCAGCAGGUUGAGAAGGAAGAUGUGCGAGUCUAUAUAAGGCGUUGAGAGAUAAUUCAACUGAUCUCUUUCAGGCAAGUGUCUGUUCAUGAGGAUGGGGAGAACACCGUGCUGUGAGAAGGAAGGGCUGAGAAGAGGCCGCUGGACGGCGGUGGAAGACAAUAAACUGAGGAAGUAUAUCGAAGCGAACGGAGAAGGUUCGUGGAGAUUGUUGCCGAAGAAUGCUGGACUGUUGAGAUGUGGAAAGAGUUGCAGGUUGCGAUGGAUUAAUUACUUGAGAGCGGAUUUGAAGAGAGGGAAUAUCACUCAACAAGAAGAUGAAACUAUUCUCAAAUUGCACACGACUUUCGGCAAUCGGUGGUCUCUUAUUGCUGGACAUUUACCCGGGCGAACAGAUAACGAAAUAAAAAACUACUGGAAUUCUCGUUUGAGUAAGAAAAUUUACAGUCCCACCGGCAAAAAAGAUGCUCCUGAAAGCGCCGAUCUUUCAAAGAGAAGCACCCCAGGCCGACCAAAAAAAUCAGCCAUACUAAAAAAGAACAAGAAACAAACUACCCCACGUGAAAGUUCCCAAUCUAAUUCCAUAGCAAAAGUAGGACUUCUCGACGCAGGAAGCACAUCUCGAUUGGAAGGUGCGGAGAAGGAACCAAGUAAAAGCGAUGAGGAGGAAAAGAAAGAAACCAGUAACGCAGCUAUGAUGGAUCCAAAAGUAGAGGAAAAGGAAACUUGGGAACUGGGAUCAAAUGAAUUGAUCGAUGAAACAAUAAAAGGUAUCGACGAGAGAGAAAAUAGUGUUUGGAGUUCAAAUAUAGAGAGCGAGGAGUUGUACUAUUCUUCUGCGUGGGCUUCAUCAAUCAAUUCCAAUUUCAACAGCGAAUGGCUCAAUUGGAACUGGGAAGAUGACGGGGGGGUCUUAGGUCAGAAUUUCAAAGAACCAUCAUCUUGGUUUUAUUGGGCGAAUACCAAUGGGAAAGGAGAAGAAUGUCUUUGAAAUGUUGCCCAAUAUUUUUAUUCCUAUAGGUAAUCUCUCUAAAAUUUACUGUAAUAAGGCCAGUGACUAAUGCUAGUAGAUUAUAAUUCAUCUAAAACUUGAAGC